AUGGCCCGGAGGUACAAUGAGCUGCCCCACUACCCACACAUCCCAGAUGGCUUCCCGGAGGUGGCGCCCUCAGCAGCCAGGCCUCCCGGGCCAUAUGGCCCCCACGGGCACCCCCGGCUCCUGUCCCCAGGCCUGGACAGCACCAGCCUGAAGAGGGACAAAGACGAGAUCUACGGACACCCACUCUUCCCGCUGCUGGCCCUGGUCUUUGAGAAAUGUGAACUGGCUACGUGCUCGCCUCGCCAUGGGACGGCCUCAGGACCAGGCACGCCCCUGGGCAGCGACAGCGACGUCUGCUCCUCCGGCUCUUUCAAUGAGGACAUCGCUGCCUUCGCCAAGCAGGUCCGCUCCGAGAGGCCCAUCUUCUCCUCCAACCCGGAGCUGGACAACCUGAUGAUCCAGGCCAUCCAAGUGCUGCGGUUCCACCUGCUGGAGCUGGAGAAGGUCCACGACCUGUGCGACAACUUCUGUCACCGCUACAUCACCUGCCUCAAGGGGAAGAUGCCCAUCGACUUGGUCAUCGAGGAUCGGGACAGCGGCUACAGGGACGAGCUGGAGGACUACCCGGCCCCCUGCCCCAGCCUCUCAGAGCAGACAAACGCGUGGAUCCAUGAUCCAGAGGACGGUGGGUCUGAGCAGCUGGGGACCCCGGGGCCGUCCAGCGGGGGCCUGGCCUCCCACAGUGGGGACACGUGCAGUGAGCAAGGGGAUGGGCUGGACACCAGCGUGGCCUCUCCCAGUUCGGGGGGCGAGGAGGAGGAGCUGGACCAGGAGCGGCGGCGCAGCAAGAAGCGUGGAAUCUUCCCCAAGGUGGCCACCAACAUCAUGAGGGCCUGGCUGUUCCAGCACCUGGCGCACCCGUACCCCUCGGAGGAGCAGAAGAAACAGCUGGCGCAGGACACAGGGCUCACCAUCCUGCAGGUCAACAACUGGUUCAUUAAUGCCCGCAGACGCAUCGUGCAGCCCAUGAUUGACCAAUCCAACCGCACAGGGCAGUGCACGGCCUUCAGUGUCGAAGGCCAGUCUCUGGCGGGCCUCACAGAGACUCCACAGCAAGCAACGGUGCGACCAGGGUCUGCGGGGAUGAAUCUCAACAUGGAAGGAGAGUGGCACUACCUCUAG